ACUGGGGGGGCAAGGCUACCGGGGUGAGGCGGCGCGGGAUAGAGACAGGCAGUAGGAAGGGCAGCCCCAGAGGAGACCCCCGAUUCGCGGGCAGAGAGCAGCCAGCUGGGGCCUGUGGGGGUGACGGACGCAGGCGCAGGGCAGAGCAGCAGCGGCACGGUCCGGGCCGCACAGAGCGCCAUGGCGGAGUGCGCAGCUUUAUCUUCACAUUACAGAACAGUGUUGGGAAUCCUGCUCACCUGAGGAGCUGCAGGAAAAAGUUCUAGGAGUGCUUCUGAUUGCUGCUAUCCCUGGGUCCCUGCCUGCCAGCCGCUAUGUACUGCCUUCAGUGGUUACUGCCUGUCCUCCUCAUUCCUAAGCCCCUCAACCCGGCUUUAUGGUUCAGUCACUCAAUGUUCAUGGGCUUCUAUCUGCUGAGUUUCCUCCUGGAGCGGAAGCCAUGCACAAUCUGUGCCUUGGUCUUCCUGGCAGCCUUGUUCCUCAUCUGCUACAGCUGCUGGGGGAACUGCUUCUUGUAUCACUGCAGUGGUUCCCAACUGCCCGAGUCUGCUCAUGAUCCCAGCAUAGUUGGUACCUAAAAGUUCCUCCAGCUUGCUGACAGCUCUGGUUUUGCUUUUAAAGAGGGGGUUGGGGGGGGAGGGAGGGCUUGC